ACUCCAGAGCUUAACAAAAUGGUGGUCCUUGACGCUCAGUGGUUGAUUGAUGUUUUCAAGGAAGUUAUAACUAUUAGGCCAUUUGACAGCAAUGAGAAAAAAUUUGAAGAGCUUUGGCUAAGGCUUGAAAACGAAGGAAUCUUGGAGGAACCUCUUCUAGAACAUGUUUGGGGUUCUCUAUAUCACAAAGAGGACACUUGCCAGGGUCUCAUUGCGAUCAUGGAGAAGUUCAGUUUGCUUUGCUCUUGGCCCUUUUUGGAUGACUCAUGUAGUAAGCAGUACCUAGUGCCUUCCAUGUUAAUGUCGCACCCACCAGAAGAAAUAAUGGAGCUGGUUGUAUCUGCAGAAAUUCCCCCUCUCUUUAUCAAAUUUGAAUCUGGACAAGUUCCACCUGGCUUGUUUCCUCGAUUGGUGCUGCAGUUUUUACAGUGGUGCAAACAAGAAUGUACAAGCCCAGAUCACCCUCAGCUUUACCACAAUUUUGUCAGAAUUUACGAUUCCAAAGAGGAAAAUUGUUCCGUAAUCCUCCUGUGCCAUAUGUCGUCAAUAGAGGUUGUUGCUCACAGAGGUGAUGACGGUCAUGAGGUAGCACACUGUUCAAAGUCAGAGAUAACUUCGCCUGUGGAGAACCACCACGACGCCUUUGCUUGUGCAGUAUUGAGGCAACUGAAAUUGGUGCUUGAGUCCAUGCGAAGGGAAUUCUGUUGGCUACAGAAUAUGAAAUAUGAAAUAAGUUUCUUGUGCCCUGUUUGUUGUCGAAGAGGUGCAGUCAGCUACUGCCGAACACAUCGGAGAAAAAAUUGCAAGCAAGAAGAAUGCUUCCACUUCUGGCCCGAGUCAAAGCUGUUCAGCGACAAGAAGAUGAUCUGUUGCACCAGAUCUGAAACUGCUAAGAUGAACAGAGUUUCGUUGAAAAACUUCGAGCCUUGGUUUUCUCCUAUGAGAAAUCAGUUUGCUGUCGAUAAAUGUGGUGACGGAAACUUAGCCUCUGUUGAAGAUGGUGAGGAAAAUUUUUCUGCCAAUGAGUUUUUGCGAAUCCGUUUAACACAGCGGCGAGACGACCAAAAUAUUUCACCACAAUUAAAGGAGAGUCUGCAGCUGGAAGAAGCCUUUCCAGAGACGCUGGAGUCUGAUUCCAAACGUGGUGAUAUGGUGCAAAACCUGGAUAAAACUACAACAACCACCGAAGUUUCCCUACCUGAUAAUGUUAAGCAAUCCCUCUUGUCAGCGUCGUGCAAUGCCAACGAGAUUGUUCAACAACUGAAGGAGAACCUGCAACUGGACAAAGACGCUCUUGAGCAGCCAGACCCUGACACCAAGAUAAUAAUCCGUAAUCUGGCACAGAAAGCAAAAUAUCUAAGGAGACUUGAUGUCUUUGAACAUUUAAGAGAGAUUGUACCUGCUGGAACUACUGUAUCAGAUGACUUUGAUUUUAUCUUGCAAAUUUCUGAAAUCCACCUCCAAGUUAACCCAACUAUUUUUAUUAUCAAAAUAGUUAAAAAACAAACCUUUGAUUUAGGUGGCGAUGAAUGGAUGGAGCUUGCAGAAGGACUGGGACUGACUCCUCAAGAGAUUCGUUUUCUUGACAAGCGUACACUGAACCCAAUGGACGCGGCUCUGUCUUUUAUUGCAAAGCAGCGCCACUUAAGCGUGGGCGAGCUGUACGAAUUGUUUAUUGCACAUGACUUUCCUAUGUUAGCUGACCUAUUGUAACUGAAGAAGAUUGUUGCGAGCAAAUAUUUGUCUGACCUCGGCUUAUUUUUUACCUUUGGUAACAGCCAAUCUGAACCUAAAAAGGACACUACAUGCCUGGAUAUUUAGGCUUUUACCUUUUUGCUUUGUUAACGAUAAAGAGUGGGGCGCAAAAACCUUUCACCCUGUGUAAUUAGGUCCUGUUACCAAUUAAUCAUAACCAUUGCAAUUUCCGAGAUAAACAGAGGGGAUUAAUCGAAAUAGGGGUUUGUAAUUCCAGUCUGGAAGGCUCUAAGUGGGGGAUGGUUGGCUAUUUGUAUGGUUAUUCCAAUCAACUCAGUGAUUGGUGGAUUCAUUUGAGUAUAUUCAUUUAAUCGAUCACGUUGUCUAAUUACAACCCUACAGAUUUGUAAAUGAAAUGAGUUCUUCAUCCAAUUACGUUCAAAGAGAUUGUAAACUUAAGGUUAUAAUUUUGAUUUAAAAGAGACUACGCAGAUCUCUAUUUCGAAUAUUGCUUUAGGCGUGUCCUAUAGUUUUCGAUAUAGCAUGAGUAUGUGCUAAUUUCUGGUAGAGGAUUGUUAUAUGCAUUCAAGUAAGAUGACAGUAGAGAUGUAGUAAUACUGUACUGUUUUGAGAAUUGCUGAUUCAUAUAGACUAUAUGUAAAGUUAAUGAAAUGAAAUUCCUCAAAUGGUAUGUCUAUGAAAGAACCUAGAAGUUUCAAAGAGAAAUAUACACCCAUAAAAAGUCAUGCUGUCGAUGAGAUUUAGUUUCUUAUCUUGUAUGGUAUUUUUACACAGCUAGUAUCAGAUGACUUUGAUUUUAUCUUGCAAAUGUAAAUUCAUAUUUCGUAUAACAGAGGUACUCACGUAACAAUUGACAUAAGCACGAAAUCCGAAGAGUAAUGUUGUUAUCUGAGGCGAUAAAUGAAGCUAUUAAGUAACCUACUUUGAAUUAAGAUUUGCGUUUCAAUUGUUGCACUCAGCUUUCAAAAUGAUGAUUUCGCAAACGCUUGCAAUAGAUCACAGCGGUUUACGUUUGAAAGCAAAGUGAGGCUUGGUUAAUCUUGUACAGAAAAAAGCAAUUAAUUUCUCGCCUCUUCGAGGAACGCUUAAUUUCUUAUAGGUUUGCUGUAGUUUGCUACAAAUAAACGUUUUGGAGUGUUUAUUA